UUUUUAGACUUACAUGGAAUAAUGAGAAACUUAGCCCAACUUGAAAGAAGAGAAAACUGAACAAAGGCCGGUGGCAUUUAACAACAAAGAAUUUGACCUGAAGCUAGUCAUUAAUUGGAAUGCAUUCUGUUGUUAUGAUUUAGACCUUAUGCUAGGACCAUAAACUUGCUUUUGAGUUUAUCAAUUUUUAGGUACCUGAGUUGAGUAAACAUCUUGGACCCCUCGCCGGGUCGGUCUGGUUGGCCAAACAAGUUCUCUAGUCACUGCUGUAUCCUUUCGAAUUGCGAGUAGACGUUGGUUUUGUGUUCCCCAUUUUUGUAAUCCACCGUGUUCAGUUGUAGCCUUUCGCUCCUGCAGGUGUUGUUUAUUUUGGACUAUCGAACUUUUUGUUGUGUGUGCUGCCAUGGCUGAGUUUACGAGUCAUGAACAAGCCCAUAUCAUUUUUAUGUAUGGCAGAGCUGAUGGUAACGCAUCUCUGGCACGACGUUUGUACCAAGAACGUUACCCGAACCGCAGGGUGUCUAACGUCCGUGUGUUUUCCAACACAUAUCGUAGGCUGUCUGAAUCUGGUAUUCAUCAUGCUGAACCUGCAGUAAAUCCAGGAAGACAUAAUGUCAAUGUUGAGGAGCAAAUUCUCGCAGCCUUCGAAGCGGAUCCUACCACCAGCAUCAGAGUUGUAGCGAGAGAUUUAAACCUUUCGAUAUGGAAAGUGUGGAGUACGAUGCACAACGAAAAGAAAUAUCAGUUUCACGGCACGGGUGUGCAAGGCUUGGAGGAAGUGGUGUUUAUUUCGAGCAGCUAUUUCGUACUGCCCCAACGCUCUAUCGAUUGCACUUGGAUUUUCAUUGUAAUCUCCUACAGCACUAUCAUACAUUCCUUCAGCUUCACUACCGUAACCACUAUCGAGAGUCAUUUUCGUUUUCACGUGGUCAAUUUCAGAUAUUGUUUGUGUUUGUUGAAAACAAAUAUUUCUUCACAAAAGGCUCUUUCAAUACAAUGUCAGUGUGCUUGUUUUCCAUAA